GUUGCAGAGAUGACAAAUUCAGAGAGCACAGAGAAACUCCUUCUGCAGAUUCUUUGGGACUGGCUGAGAGAACAAAGCCUCCUUGGAUCUCCACUUUUCCCAGUUUUAUUCUCUCUGACCAUCCACCUGAGCUGCUGCUUGCCUUACUUAUGUCUGGAUUUGCUCUGUUCAAGACUCACCCUGGUACGCCGCUUCAAGAUCCAGCCUCAAAACAAGGUGACAUUGGCAGUGGCUUCGAGGUGCUUGCUCAAAAUCUUCCACAACCACGUCUGCUUCAUUUUCCCCGUUUCUGUUGUGCAUUGGUACUUGAGACCUGUGUCUUCUCCUCCUUUGGCACCCGAGAUGCAGUCUGUUCUUAAGGAUGUACUGGCCUGCCUCCUCCUGUUCGACAUGGAGAUCUGUUUGUGGCAUCUGCUGCAUCACAAGGUGUCCUGGCUGUAUGUCUUCCACAAGGAGCACCACAUCUACACGGCCUCCUUUUCGCUGGCAACAGAACACACAGGUGUCUGGGAGAUGCUGAGCCUCAGCUUCUUCACAACACUGAACCCUGCCCUCCUGAACUGCCAUACACUCACCGAGAUGCUCUUCUAUGUCAUAAACAUGUAUCUGUCUGUUGAGGCUCACUCGGGCUACGAAUUUCCCUGGUCUCCACAUAGACUGGUGCCUUUAAGCCUCUACGGAGGAGCUCCGCACCAUGACCUCCACCACCUCAAAUUCAAAGUAAACUAUGCCCCAUACUUCACUCACUGGGACAGACUUUUUGGAACGCUACUGGGAGAAAACAGACAGAGGAAGUCAAGAAACACAGAGACUUUCAAAAGGUUGUGAUUGUCAGA